GAUAGGCUCAACGAUACUUUUAUGUAACAACUUUAAAAAAGCCACUGACAACUCGAAAAGGAACCAUUGUUUAGCAUGAUAGCGCUGGCAGAACGAAAAACUAAACUGGAAACGGUUCUUUUCGCAGACCGAAGUCGAGUUAAACUGGUAGACGUUUUGUGUUUAUGAACAUGUCUUACCUGGAGUGGGCUGAGUCUCAGCUCGCAGAAAUAGAGCUGCUAACAAGCAUGUUUCCCAGCCAGGACGAGCUAGAGCUCACAGAGCAGCUGGCACUGGCUGAGCUCAGAAACUACGUGGAAGGUUCGACCUCAGGUGACAAUCCGCCUCCAUCCAGACCCCAGUUCCUCAUUAAACACAAACUGGACUCUUCGAGCACGGAGGGGACAGAGUGUAUUUUAUCCUGCUCUUAUCCAUCUGAAUACCCCAGUGUGCUCCCUGAUAUAACAGUAAGGUGUUCUGCUCUUAGCAGGGCUGACCAGACACGGCUCCAGGCACAACUCAGUACGUACCUCAUGGAAAACUGCCAGGGGGAAGUGUGUGUCCUCGCUGCGCUGGACUGGGUGAAAGACAACCUGCACCUUUUUAUUAAUAAGAGCUCAUUACCAGCACCGACUCCAAAGACAGAGUCCGCCUGUCCACAGGACGCGUUCAGCCGACUGUGGAUCUACAGUCACCACAUCUACAACAAAUCAAAAAGGAAGAACAUCUUGGAGUGGUCAAAGGAGUUGGGCCUCUCAGGAUUCAGCAUGCCCGGGAAGCCGGGCGUUGUGUGUGUGGAAGGUCCUCAGUCUGCCUGCGAGGAGUUUUGGUCCAGAGUGAAGGUUCUGACAUGGAAGAAAAUCAUGAUUCGACACAGAGAGGAUAUUACCCUUGAUCGUCAAGGUGAGGACGGCGAGACUGUUGAGAGCAUAGACUCCCUGCGCAAAUUCACAGGCUUUGAAGAGGCCAUGUUUGACCCCCAUGGGAACAGAGGGAAUCACAUGGACCUUGGGCAGCUCUACCAGUUCUUAAAUGAGAAAGGCUGCUGUGAUGUCUUCCAGAUUUAUUUUGGCAUUGAAGGGAGGUAGUAGUCAAACCCAGAGAACAAGCUGCAUUCAUUUUUAUUCCCCUAAAUGUAAUCUAACAGCCUAAAAAAGGAAAAGACAUGCAUUCUAAAUUUUGUAUCUAAUCUAUGAACACUCAAAUACAGUCAUUUUUACUCAUUAAAGUUAAAUAAGUUAACAAUCUUUUGUUGAUUUAAGCUGGUACCACUUUGAUAAAAAACAGUAAAGAAAUACAUUUUCCAAUGGGAAGCGCUAUUUUUCCACUUUGCUUUGAUAAUUUAGAUUUUCUUUAAUUAGAAAAGCAAUAAGAUAAAAUAUGUGUUCUCUCAAGGAUA